CCGCAUCCCUCUAUCCGCAUCCCUCUAUCCGCCUCUGAAAUCCAUCCAUGCCGACUAGGAAGCAGAGUAGUCCCCGUAGUUCACAUAGCCAUGUUCGCGAUUUUUUUGCUUGGUGUUGUUUCGAAGCCGCCCACAAAAUAGUUAUUUUCGCUAUGGCAACAAUCCGCGUGUGUGGCGUUCGUCGCAUAGCAUCAUAGCAUGGAGUUGAUCGUGAUAAGGGAGAUUGAGACACCGCCCGAUGAUUAAGCGCCACUGACAGGGACAAGGGCUACUGUAUCAUCGUCCCCAAAACCACCCAUUAUACACCGUACACUCUCCUAACAGCUUGUAUAACACCGUAUACAAGCAAUUGCCAUCAUGAACUCCUACGCCGCCCGCAGACUGGCUCUCAAUGCCACCCGCCGCCUCACAGAGCGCAGCUUCCACACCACCCCGCGCGCCUUCGUCAAGGUCGGUGACGCAAUCCCCGACCUCAAUGUCCUCGUCGAGGGCUCGCCCGGCAACAAGAUCAACAUGGCCGAGGAGCUCAGCAUCGGAAAGUCGUUGAUUAUCGGUGUGCCUGCAGCUUUCAGCCCGGGCUGCUCGAACUCCCACAUCCCGGGGUUCAUGAAGCAUGCCAAGAUUAAGGAUGCUGGUAACGUCUUCGUUGUUACCGUUAACGACGCGUUUGUGACUAAGGCAUGGGCCGAGAACCUUGACCCAGAUGGAUCUACUGGGUUCCGCUUCAUUGGCGACCCAGCUUGCACUUUCACCAAGGCCCUGGAUCUCGAUUUUGAUGGGACCACUAUCUUUGGCAACGAGAGAAGCAAGCGUUACGCCCUCCUGGUUGAGGACGGCAAGGUGAAGCAGACAUUUGUUGAGCCUGAUAACACUGGCAUUGAUGUUUCCGCUGCUGAGAAGGUGCUGGGAUAGAUUUAGUAGCUAUCUUGUUGGCAUCAGAGGGAGUUACUAAAAGUAGUCACCUUGGCCGUCAACGCUAUGUAUAUACUAUAACCAGAUGCACAGCGAGUAGCUUGCAAAUAAGAACAAGUAUCAUACAUAAACUACAAAGAGAACCAAGCUCUAAGGGCCAGAUAUAGCUCCAAAUCUAUCAGUGCUGUCAUGAAUCAAAAUAUAAUCACGUGACUCGGUGGAUUGUGCCACUAUCAACCUACCU